AUGUCACCGACGGCGUCGGAAGUGACGUGGGUGGUGGAGGUGACCAAGUACAAGGACGUCAGCAAGGAUGCGCUCUCCGUCGCCAUGGCGGAUCUCGAAACUGAGGUGUCGCGGGGAAACGGACCUAUCACUAUCCUUCUCGUCCACGUCAUGACUGAGGUCCCUUGCUCCCGCGGAAUGGACCUGCCGGCGAGCGAGGUGGAUCCGAAGACGGCGCUGGAGCACGGCCGCCGCCUUGUCGAGGUCAUGCUGCGCCCGCUGCUCGCGCACGCCAAAACCAAAAAGGUGCACUGCAACGCGUCCAUUGAGCGCAACGACCGCCGCGAGCUGGGGCUGUGCGCUGCUGCGCGCCGAGCCAACGCGCAGCGCGUCUACGUGGGCCUGCGCAAGAAGCUGCUGGGGUGGUCGUCAUCAGCGUCGGCACACUACGAGGCGGGGCUGCCGCCGUCGUGUCUGCUGGUGGUGGUGCAGGCCGCCAAGCAGCACCAAUCAAUGCCGGGCUCCGGUGGAGACACGCCCUUCUUCGUUGUCUCCCCCAACGCCUUCAUCUUCUGUCGCUACAACGCCCCCACUGCCCCUGCUUCCGCUGCCCCCGCCUCCGCCGCGCUGGCGUCAGGGUCCGCCACGCCCGACUCAGAGCACCUCUCCGCGCAGCACCCCAAUCCGCACCUCCACCCGCCCUCGCUCACUGCGCCUGAGGCGCUUGCCAUGGCCUCCGCAGGGGGCGUGGGCUUGAGGGCAGGCGAGGCGGGGGCGGCAGGGCACCGCUCGUCGCCGUCGCUGUCGCACGUGGAGGGCGCCCACGCGCUGCUGUCGCCGCAGCACGCGCGCUCGUCCAGCGCGCGCUUCUCCCCCGCGCAGCUCGCGCCCGACUCCGCCUCGCCUGCAGGCCCGGGCGCCGUGCGGGAAGCAUGGUCGCAGGGCGCGUCGCCCAUGGUGCCGCGCGGGGGGUUAGGAGGGGCAGGGCUGGGGCCGGGCAUGGGAGCAGGAGAAGGCGGGGGCGCGAGGUUAGCAGGGACAGGCAGCCACAGCGGCGGCUUCCCUGCGGUUGCCAUGGCGGGUGCAGGGGGCGCAUGUGAUGCGCCGCCACCCCUGUGCGGGGGGGCGUGUGGGGGAGCUGGGUCGUGUGUGGAGGGCGGGGGGAAGGCGGUGGGCGUGGGGGGAGGGGAGCAGCUGCGGCCGGGAGUGAUCUACUCGUCCGUGGAGGGCAGCGGUGCACCCCCUCCCCCCGCUCCCACCGCCCUCUCCUCUUGCAUGCACCCCCUCUAUGCGGGCGCGCCAGGCCCCUUGGUGUCCGCCGCCUUGAUGCUGGCACCGCGUCCCUCACCUCUCCCAUCCGCACCUGCUCCACUUGCCUUCUCCCCUGCCUCCGCGCCUCAACUCUCACCAUCUAUCCUCUUUGCUCCCGCCUGCCUGGGAUUGUGGCAUGUGACGUGUGGGGCAUGGCAUGGGAUGGCAUGGGAUGGCAUGGCAUGGCAUGGCAUGGGGCAACAGGAGGACCGGCUGGCGAGUCUGAGGGCCAUGAUGCCGGUGGACGCGUCCACGGGGCACACGUCGCUGGCUGCCUCCGCGCUCUCCUCCAUGGAGCUGCCCACCCUCGCCGCUGACUAUGGCCCCCCCGGUGUGGCUGCAGCAGCCAUUGCCGAGACACUCGCCCUGCACCACCACCACCACCAUGCGCACCACCACUCGCUGCUGCCCUCGCCCGCCCCGCCCCACCUGCCCUCCGCCUUUUCCGGAAACGAGAACGACUACCACCGCAGCCUCUCCGACGCCGCCCGCCACAAGCCGGGCCUGCCGCCCACACGCGUGACGGGCAGGGACGCAGCGGGCGGCAUGGUGGGCAAGGGGGGCCUGCGGGAGGCGGUGCGGUCCAGCAGUGCCAGCGCCAUGCCUCUGGACACUGCUGCCGCUGCUGCCGCCGCCGCCGCCGCCGCGCUGGCCUUCUCCACGGCGUCCCCCGCGUCCACUGGCCGCCUCGCCACGCCCGUCCACGCGGGCCGUGACAGCCCCGGUGUGCGCCGCGUGGCCUUCUGCGUGGCUCCACACGGCUCUGCUGCUGCUGCGGGCCGGCAGGGGGGUGAGGGGGGCGCGCAGAUGGGGGAGCCCGGGGCGGGCAGGGAGGUGGAGGGCAACGGCGGUGCAGGUGGGGGCGGGGGCGCGGGCGCGGGCGGGGGUGGGGGGGGCAUGCGGUCGCUGCUGGCGGACGAGCUGGCGCUGCUGGAUGAGGAGGAGGAGGCCGGUGGGGGCGGGGAGGAGCGGUGGGAGGGCAAGGCCGUGAGCAGCAAUAGAGCCGCAGAGGCGGGUGCGGACGCACGUGGCAACGACAACAAAUCAGAGCGCUUCCUGUCACAGCAGCUGCGGGCGAUGCAGCUGAGUGGCCCGCAGAGCAUGCUCUCCGCCGACUCACCCGCCUCCACCCUGCUGCCCACAGAUGCUGCACAGGCGGGGGCGGGGGGGGAGGCGGUGCGGGCGGUGGCGGAGAUGGAGCCGCCGGGGCAGGUGGGGGGUGCGCCCAGCAACCGCUUCUCCUCGCGCUUCUCCUCCUCUCGCCCCGCCGCCUCCGCCGCCGUCUCCUCGCUGCUGCCGCCCAUCGCCGGGGGCUUCAGCACGGGCGGUGGGAGCAGUGCACAGAACGUGGGCGCGCACAGCAUGGGGCAGAUCGACCUGCGCGGGCUGGGGGCGGGCGGCGACGGGUUUGACUGCCGGCUGUUCACGCCGAAGCAGCUGGAGAAGGCGACUCGCGGGUACGCGCGGGAGAACCUGCUGGGGCGCGGGUCGUUUGGGUACGUGUUCCGCGGCGAGAUGCUGGGGUGCAAGGUGGCGGUGAAGCGGCUGGAGGGGCAGGGGUGGCAGGGGCCAGACGAGUUCCGCAUGGAGGUGGACGUGCUCUCGCGCAUGCGCCACCCCAACAUCGUGCUGCUCAUGGGCUGCUGCCUCGAGGAAAUGGCCCUCAUCUACGAGUUCCUCUCGGGCGGCACGCUACAGGACAAGCUCGGCCCGCCAAAGACGCCCGACGCCGUGCCUCUCUCGUGGGUGGACCGGCUGAGAAUCUUCUCGGAGAUCUCGUCGGCGCUGCUGUACCUGCACCAGAACGAGCCGCCCAUCGUGCACCGCGACUUAAAGCCCGACAACAUCCUGCUGGACGGGCACAUGAUGAGCAAGAUCGGUGACGUGGGGCUGGCGCGCCUGCUGUGCGCCGACGACGUCAUGACCAUGAAGGUGCGCGGCACAGCGGGGUACAUCGACCCCGAGGAGGUGGAGACGUGUGAGAUCAGCGUGCUGAGCGACAUCUACGCGCUGGGGCUCAUCCUGCUGCAGCUGCUCACGGGGCAGCGCAGCGUCAAGGCCGUCCACCGCAUGCUCGCCGACUGCACCUCUCGCCCCGCCAGGCCCGGGCAGCCCAGGGCGGCGGCGGGCGCGGAGAUGGUGCUGCGGUAUCUGGACACGGCGGCGGGCGACUGGCGCCUGGACCUGGCUGAGCAGGUGGCGGCGCUGGCGCUGCGCUGCGCUGAGCGGCGAAGGGAGAACCGGCCGGACCUGGCGGAGGAGAUCCACCCCACGCUCGUGCGCGUGGCGGCCGAGGCCAGCGCGGAGGAGAGAAGACGCAAGAAGCGCAUCGACUCGCAGUUCAUCUGCCCCAUCUCCAAGGUGCGACUCGCAGUUCAUCUGCCCCAUCUCCAAGGUGCGACUCGCAGUUCAUCUGCCCCAUCUCCAAGGUGCGACUCGCAGUUCAUCUGCCCCAUCUCCAAGGUGCGACUCGCAGUUCAUCUGCCCCAUCUCCAAGGUGCGACUCGCAGUUCGUCUGCCCCAUCUCCAAGGUGCGACUCGCAGUUCAUCUGCCCCAUCUCCAAGGUGCGACUCGCAGUUCGUCUGCCCCAUCUCCAAGGUGCGACUCGCAGUUCAUCUGCCCCAUCUCCAAGGUGCGACUCGCAGUUCAUCUGCCCCAUCUCCAAGGUGCGACUCGCAGUUCAUCUGCCCCAUCUCCAAGGUGCGACUCGCAGUUCAUCUGCCCCAUCUCCAAGGUGCGACUCGCAGUUCAUCUGCCCCAUCUCCAAGGUGCGACUCGCAGUUCGUCUGCCCCAUCUCCAAGGUGCGACUCGCAGUUCAUCUGCCCCAUCUCCAAGGUGCGACUCGCAGUUCAUCUGCCCCAUCUCCAAGGUGCGACUCGCAGUUCGUCUGCCCCAUCUCCAAGGUGCGACUCGCAGUUCAUCUGCCCCAUCUCCAAGGUGCGACUCGCAGUUCGUCUGCCCCAUCUCCAAGGUGCGACUCGCAGUUCAUCUGCCCCAUCUCCAAGGUGCGACUCGCAGUUCAUCUGCCCCAUCUCCAAGGUGCGACUCGCAGUUCAUCUGCCCCAUCUCCAAGGUGCGACUCGCAGUUCAUCUGCCCCAUCUCCAAGGUGCGACUCGCAGUUCAUCUGCCCCAUCUCCAAGGUGCGACUCGCAGUUCAUCUGCCCCAUCUCCAAGGUGCGACUCGCAGUUCAUCUGCCCCAUCUCCAAGGUGCGACUCGCAGUUCGUCUGCCCCAUCUCCAAGGUGCGACUCGCAGUUCAUCUGCCCCAUCUCCAAGGUGCGACUCGCAGUUCGUCUGCCCCAUCUCCAAGGUGCGACUCGCAGUUCGUCUGCCCCAUCUCCAAGGUGCGACUCGCAGUUCGUCUGCCCCAUCUCCAAGGUGCGACUCGCAGUUCGUCUGCCCCAUCUCCAAGGUGUGACUCGCAGUUCAUCUGCCCCAUCUCCAAGGUGCGACUCGCAGUUCGUCUGCCCCAUCUCCAAGGUGCGACUCGCAGUUCAUCUGCCCCAUCUCCAAGAUGCGACUCGCAGUUCGUCUGCCCCAUCUCCAAGGUGCGACUCGCAGUUCGUCUGCCCCAUCUCCAAGGUGCGACUCGCAGUUCGUCUGCCCCAUCUCCAAGGUGCGACUCGCAGUUCAUCUGCCCCAUCUCCAAGGUGCGACUCGCAGUUCGUCUGCCCCAUCUCCAAGGUGCGACUCGCAGUUCAUCUGCCCCAUCUCCAAGGUGCGACUCGCAGUUCAUCUGCCCCAUCUCCAAGGUGCGACUCGCAGUUCAUCUGCCCCAUCUCCAAGGAGAUAAUGAAGGAUCCGGUGGUGGCUGCGGACGGCUUCACGUACGAGCGGCAGCACAUCACGCGCUGGAUGGGCUCCUCCUCGCUCUCCCCCGCCACGGGCCAGCCCCUCCCGCACACGUGUCUGACGCCCAACAACGUGCUCAAGAACCUCAUCGCCUCCCACAAGUUCCACUGA